AUGGAGAAUCAUACAGAGCUGACUGAAUUCAUUCUUCUUGGGAUAACUGAUGACCCAGGACUGCAGAUCCCACUCUCUCUGGUGUUCACUCUCGUCUACCUCAUCACUCUGCUUGGGAACUUGGGGGUGAUCACAUUGAUCCUGCUGGACUCUCAUCUCCACACUCCCAUGUACUUCUUCCUCAGUAACCUGUCUCUGGCGGACUUUGGUUACUCCACAGCUGUCACUCCCAAAGUGAUGGCUGGAUUCCUUAUAGGAGACAAGGUCAUCUCCUACAAUGCGUGUGCUGCUCAGUUGUUCUUUUUUGCAUUCUUUGUUGUUGUGGAAAUUGUUCUCUUGAACUCCAUGGCCUAUGACCGUUAUGCAGCAGUGUGUAAACCACUACAUUACACCAGCAUCAUGACAACAAGCUUGUGUUUGUGUCUGAUCAUAUGUUCCUAUGUCCUUGGUUUUCUGGAGGCGUCUCUGAAC